GGAACACUAUGGCUACUAUAUCCUGUUAUUUCUGGGACUCGGGCUAACUUCGCUAACUGCACUCGGACUGUUCUCUGUUUCAUAGCAUUAGGGAGCAGCGGUUAAACCUGGGUUGUCAGUGAAAGUGUCAGUGUCAGUUUUCGGCUUGUUUGUUUUGUGGCAGCGCUCGUUAGGUUAGACUUGAGCAGCAGCGCUGACUACUUGACUACUCCAGCAGGACUGAGCCGAGAUUGAGCGAGGUUGACUCAGCUGUAGCGGCUAAAGCAGCUAGCUCCGGUUCUCUGGGUUAGCUAAGCUAAAUACAUAACCGCUGUCUGGGGUCUGACCUCUGUCCUUAUCAGUAGAAACGCGUGGGAAUGUUUAUUGUCUUUAAUUGUAGAUAACUGUUAUCAUAGAUUUAAGUAGUAGCGUAACGUGCCGUUUGUCAUCGUAGCGAGCGAGUGAGUGUGUUACUGACUCGUUAGCUAACCUAACCUAGCUUUCCCAGCAGAACUCCCCACCUGAGUUUCACUCGGGUAUCGUUAGGUAGUAACUGUACAGUGUGUAGGACCUCAUAUUAAACUCGUUCCUCCAUAAUCAGCUCCCAGGCAGAGAUGAGUUUCUGUAAAGUCGGCCCCGGCUAUUCACUUCCCAUGAGCUUGUGAGCUCGAACCGUCAUUUUAAUGGGAGGCGGGCCGUGUUGCAGUGAAACUUGUGGGCGAUAUUUGCGAAGACGGCGGAGGCACCGGUGGCCCGAAUGGAGUCCCUGGCAGGGUACGUUUACAAAGCGGCUAGUGAAGGCAGAGUCCUGACACUAGCCGCCCUGCUGCUGAACCACUCUGUGACUGAGACUCGGUACCUGCUGGAUUAUGUAACACAGUUAGGCGGACAGCGCUCCACUCCCCUCAUCAUCGCUGCGAGGAACGGGCAUGAUAAAGUGGUCCGCCUGCUCCUGGACCACUACCGCGUGGACACUGAGCAGACCGGGACAGUGAGGUUUGAUGGAUACGUCAUCGAUGGAGCCACGGCUCUUUGGUGUGCAGCAGGUGCGGGGCACUUCGAGGUGGUACGACUUCUUGUGUCGCACCAUGCCAAUGUGAAUCAUACCACCCUUACCAACUCCACUCCUCUCAGGGCUGCCUGCUUUGACGGCCGGCUGGACAUCGUACGCUACUUGGUGGAGAACGGCGCUGACAUCAGCAUUGCCAACAAGUAUGACAACACCUGUUUAAUGAUCGCUGCUUAUAAGGGGCACACAGACGUGGUGCGCUUUUUGCUCGAGCAAGGGGCUGACCCUAAUUCGAAGGCUCACUGUGGUGCCACUGCUCUGCACUUUGCUGCCGAGGCUGGACAUCUGGACAUUGUGCGGGAGCUGGUGAGAUGUCAGGCAGCCAUGGUUGUGAACGGACAUGGCAUGACUCCUCUUAAGGUGGCGGCAGAAAGCUGCAAGGCGGACGUGGUGGAGUUGCUCCUCACCCACGCUGACUGCGAGACUCACAGUCGCAUCGAGGCUUUAGAGCUGUUGGGUGCUUCCUUUGCUAAUGACCGGGAGAAUUACGACAUUCUUAAAACUUACCAUUACCUGUACCUGGCCAUGCUGGUGCGCUACCGUGACCCUGAGAGGAUUAUUGCCAAAGAUCUCCCGCCACCUGUGGAGGCGUACGGGGGCCGUGAGGAGUGUAGGACCCCUCGGGACCUAGAGGCCAUCAGGCAAGACCGAGACGCAUUGCACAUGGAAGGGCUGAUGGUUCGAGAGCGCAUAUUGGGAGCGGACAAUAUAGACGUUUCGCAUCCUAUAAUAUACCGCGGCGCAGUCUACGCUGACAACAUGGAGUUCGAGCAGUGCAUCAAGCUGUGGCUGCAUGCGUUGCGUCUGCGUCAGCGAAGCAACCGCAACACACACAAGGAUCUCCUGCGGUUUGCCCAGGUGUUCUCACAGAUGGUUCAUCUGAAGGAGCCGGUGCUGGCUGUUGAUGUGGAGCAGGUGUUGCUCUGUAGUGUACUGGAGAUCCGCCGCAGCAUGGCACGUAUGGAGUCUGCCACCGAGGCCGAGCUUCCGGCGUUCACCGACAACUACGAGUCCAACAUCUUCACGUUUCUCUACCUGGUAUGCAUCUCAACAAAGACUCAGUGCAGCGAGGAGGACCGAGCGCGGCUCAACAAGCAGAUCUACGACCUGAUUCGCCUGGACCCGCGCACUAGAGAGGGCUCCUCCCUGCUGCACCUGGCCGCCAGCUCCAGCACCCCCGUGGACGACUUCCACACCAACGACGUGUGCAGCUUCCCCAACUCGCAGGUGACCAAGCUGCUGCUAGACUGCGGUGCUCUGGUAAACUGUGUGGACAAUGAAGGCAACAGUCCUCUGCACCUCAUCGUGCAGUACAACCGGCCUAUCAGUGACUUCCUAACCUUGCAUGCCAUCAUAAUUAGUCUAGUGGAGGCUGGAGCUCACACAGACAUGACCAACAAGCAGAAAAAGACUCCACUGGAGAAAAGCACGACCGGCGUGUCCGAGAUCCUUUUAAAGACACAGAUGAAAAUGAGUUUAAAGUGCCUGGCUGCUCGUGCCGUUCGACAGCAUCACAUCACCUACCGAGACCAGAUUCCUAAAAGUCUUGAAGAGUUUGUGGAGUUUCACUGAUCUUUAUAUGCAUAUUUUAAUUUGAUAUAUUUGUUUUUCUUUUUAAAGAAUCCAACGGUGAUGGGUAUUCUUAAUCAAGUUUAUAUUUUUUGGUCCUUUUUUUUUUUUUUUUUUUUUUUAAGUACUUACAAAAGGAUUUUACACCCAUACCUGAAAUUUGACAUACCAGUUUAUCCAGAUUGAUACAAAGUGUCUGUCACAUACUCCUGCAGAUUAUUCUAAUGACAUGUGGAAACCUGGCCAUUGGGUACUUGCAAAGCCAUGGACCGACAGUCAGUUUCCUGAUUCUUAUUUUUAAAUAAUUUUUCAUAUCAAAAGGUCUUCAUCUACAACAGCUAUGGUCUUUGUUUACUCUAACAAUGGUGUUCAUGUUCCACAUGUGCAUUGCUGGGGUGUCUUUUAUAACAUGCUGUAAAAUAAUGCACUGGUGCAUUUUGGGGCCAUUGCUAAGGAACUGAACAGACAGUGAACUCUAUAUGAGUCUUUUUACGUGAACGACAGAGACUUGACAGAACGCUUGUUUUUUUACUGGCUGCACUUUGCUCUUUUGAGUUAUUUUGUUUUAUUAACAUAUUUUAUAAAAUGAAAUAUUAUUUAAAAAAACAAAACGAAGUGAAAAAAUCUAUUUUCUAUAGAAUCAUUUGCAGAGGGUUUGAUGUACUAAAAUGAAUCAUUCUAAAAUGUUUUUUUGUUUUUGUUUAAGUACACUAAAAUGUGCCUGGGACAGGUUGUUUAAAUCCCUUGUUUUAUUUAAUUUUUCCACCAGAUUUUUCCUUUAACCACUAUGCCAAUUUAAAUUAUUUUAGAGAAUCGUUGGUGAUGACUUGUUUUAGAGUUUUGGGGGCAGAAGCUCAGUUUCUGUGGGCUGUAUUGUCUCAUGGGCCUUAAUCAGGAUGGUGCUCGGAUGUUUUUACUUGAGUCUGAGAGAGAAAGAGCAUGUCUUCCCUCUUCAGUUUGCAUACGCUUGUCUGUGUGAGUGUGAUAAUGAAGAUUUGAGUCUGCAAGCCUGACUGGAAAGAGGAUUUAAAUGAUGACUUUGCUUCAUGUCCUUGAGAAACCGUGAUUGUAAUGUGUCAGUGAAAUUAUUAUUUACAAAUUAAAUAAACCAACAUUAAACACAAACAUAA